AUCCACAGUAAUACAGUAUUCCGUUACUAGUUUAUUUAAUUAACUUACAUUUUAAAAAUGCCUACGUUGUGUUCAGUAUUUGAUUGUGUUAAUAAGACAACCAAUAAACAGUUUUCAUUUUAUCGUUUUCCCAAAGCUAGAAAAAAUGUUGCAUCCGAUAUAAAUGCACUUUUGUUGGCACAACGCAAGUCAUGGCUUAAUGCACUACAUCGGUCUGAUGUAACAGAUAUACAACUGGAUCACAUGAGAAUUUGUUCACUUCAUUUUAAAAUGGGUAAACCAGCUCAUUACAGUGAUACGAAAAAUCCUGAUUGGACUCCUACCUUAAAAAUGGGAUACAUAAAAAACAGUGGUAAAGCUACAACUCCAAACCUACAGAGAUAUAAACGGGCUGAAAAAAGACUAUUGUUAAAGCCAAAACAAUUAUUCGAAGAAUCUCCGAAAAACAACUUCAAUGAGCAGCACAAUGAAGAAAUUAAUGAUGAAAUUAUUAAUGAUGAAACAGGAAUUUCAUGCAAUACUGAACUCACAAUGGCAAAUAUUUCAGGAUUAGAACUUUUGAAAGAUAAGUGUGAUCAGUUAGAAAGGGAAGUAAAUUAUUUUAAUUUUUCAGAGAAUACUUUUUUGAAUAGGCCCACAAUGUUUACAUAUUAUGCUGGGUUAACAAUGGAUGUAUUUAAAUUAGUUUUAGAGUCAAUCAAACCAGGGCUAACAGCAUUAAAUCAGAGACUAACUGAGUUUCAGAAAUUAUUAUUAUGUUUAAUGAAACUGAGGUUGAAUUUGCCUUUUAAAGACCUGGGUUUUAGAUUCAAUAUUACAUGUGCAACUGCAUCUAUGAUAUUUAGAAAAGUAAUCAUACUAUUAGAACACAUGUUUAAACGACUAAUCCAUUGGCCAGAUAGGGAAGCUUUAAGAAGUACUAUGCCCCAAUCAUUUUUCAAUGUGUUUGGCAAUUCUGUUGCUGUAAUUUUAGAUUGUUUUGAAAUUACAAUAGAGAAACCAUCCAACUUAAAAGCUAGAGCACAGACCUGGUCCUCAUAUAAAAAUAAAAAUACGGUUAAAUAUUUAAUAGCAAUAACACCACAAGGGAGUAUUUCUUUUAUAUCUGAAGGUUGGGGUGGACGAACCAGUGAUAAAUAUAUAACUGAAAAUAGUAACUUGUUAAACAAAUUACUUCCAGGUGAUGUUGUAUUAGCUGAUCGAGGAUUUACAAUAAGUGAAAGUGUUGGAUUUCACUGUGCAACUUUGAAAACUCCAGGAUUUACAAGGGGUCUACCUCAAUUACAUCCUUGUACUAUAGAGGAAACCAGAAAAAUUGCUUCUGUACGUAUACACGUAGAACGAGUAAUUGGUUUAACUCGUUCUAAAUUUAAGAUUCUCAAUGGUCCAGUUCAAAUUACUACCCUGAAACACCAAGAUGAUAGAACUUGUCUUUUGGAUUCUAUUGUAACAGUUUGUUGUAUUUUAACAAAUAUGUGCAAUUCAGUUGUACCCUUAAGUUGAAAUAAACAGUAAUAUUAUAAUU